AUGUUAACAGAUAUUCACUCAAUAUUUGGUUAUGUCAUUUCGAGAUACUUGUUUGAGAGGAAUUUUGUAUCGGAUAAAGGGAAGAGAUUUCGAAUGAUUCCUGAGAGUCCAAUGGUCAAACACAGUGAACAUUUGAAACACACCUCCGAUCAACAACAAUUUCUCUACUUGAUUGGAAAAUCACUUGUGGAUGGAGGAGUAAUGGCUGCUAAUGGAGCAAGUAAAUUAAUGAUGGGAAAGGAUAAGAUACAAUUAUUGAGAAAAACAUCACUCAAACAAUUCUUUAAAGUGUUGAGCACGAAUAUGUUUAAAUUUCUGAGGAGAAUUAAACGAUUCUUCUCCCAUUUGACUUUUGAACAAAAGUAUUACGUAGUUGGAAUGAUUUUGGCUAAUUUACCUGAUGUAGAUAUUGCAUUAUUCAUCAUUUCGUUUUUCUUGUCAUUCUUCAAGGGAUUUUCGAGAAUGAUUGACAGAAUUCAUAGAUUGUGGGAGCUUUUUAUUUCAUUAACAAAUAAGAAACAGGAGGAAUCUUCUGGUGGUGGAAUGACUUCAAGUUUCAGUAGUUCUUCACUUAAUGCAGCACAGACUCCUGCUGGUAGCUCUAGUAAUUUAUCUCAAUAUGAUUCUGAUUCUGAGGAUACUCAACCAACAGUUACUAACGCAAGAAGAAAUUGGAAAGCCAUGCUUGAAAGACGUGACAAGAAUAGUCUUACAUUUAGGCGAACUAUUUCACAUUCUCUGCCUAUUAAUUUAUUAUUAUCCCCACUCAUUGGUUUUGGAGUUCAGAAAGUGUUGGGCUUGCAUGGAUUUAACAGCUUUACACAUUGUACAACAUUAUCUGCAUGUUGCUUGAGUUCUCAUUUAUUGUUGGAUUUCAUGACUAAUUUUGGUACUGCACUCUUGUAUCCAAUUUCAUCAGAAUUAUAUUCAUUUGGUAUUGUAACGAGUUGGGACUUUACACUCAUUGUAUUUUUCUAUUCUUGGUUGACUGCCAGUAGAUUGAAUAGAUGGAAACAAAGCAAUGUUUUCUGGAUUGGUCUAUUCUGUUUGGGACUCAUUUUCAUUUGGAAGAGAGCCAUGAUGUCAGAAGUUUAUAGUCGUUAUUAUUUUUUCAUGGAAGCUCAAAAGAGAAAACAUACAAAGAGUAUUCAAAAUGCUCCUUCAAUUUGGUUACAACCUUCAAACUUUUUCAAUGGACAAUAUACUGUCAUGAAGUAUGAUCCAAAAACAGAUUUAGUUUCAGAGUUAAAAACAGUUCAGGCAACAAAAUACAUUUCCUUGAUUAAUUGGAUUUUGACAGCAUUUGGAUUUAGUGUAAGCGAUGUGAGGCAAAUUCAGAUCAAUGACAAGUUGGGAAAAUUCAAGGGUCAAAUUGCUCCUAGACAAUUCCUUAUGGUGAUUUAUUCUAAUCUUAAGAAUAGAAAAGUUCUUUAUGAAAUGAUCAAAUCAAGUACACCUUCGCUGAUAUUUAUUAUUUCCUACAUUAUGUACUUGAUUGUAUCAGAUGAUUAG